AUGCUUGAACACCACGGAAGUGCUGGAACUUCAAUGUGUUCGUCAUCCGACACUACAUUCACAAAAUUAUCAGAAAAAGCGAAAAGAAAAAGGGAGGAAAAGGAGGAAAAAGAACAUGGAAUGUCUCUUAUCGAUAUCAUUAAAACUUCAUUUGUAGAGCAUACGCUUACUGUAGAUCAGAUUAAGGACCUGUACCCAGAUUCAUACGUAUUUCCACAAGUUGCUGAAAGAAGUGAUGGAUUGCAUAGCGAUGAAGCACGAAAAAGAUUGAAAGACGGUGGUCUGAAUCAUAUUGAUACAAACUCCGAACCAAGUCUCUCUAGAUUUUUUCUUGCUCAAUUCCAUUUCAAAUUCUGGAUUCUUUUGAUUGGAGCUGCAAUUCUUUCAGUUAUGACAUAUUUUAUUCAUAUGGCACGUGGAUAUAAUGAACCACUCAAUAUGUAUUGUGCCAUUAUUCUCAUUGCUGUCGUCAUUUUUAUGGGAAUUUUAUCGUAUUGGCAACAGGCGAAGGCAAAGAAAGUGUUACAAGAAAAUCGAGAUAUGAUGCCAGCAAUGUCAUAUGUGAUAAGAGAUUGUGAAGAACAAGAAAUCAAAGCAGAUGAAGUUGUGGUCGGAGAUUUAGUCUAUUUGAGAGCGGGUUACAAAAUUCCAGCAGACAUGCGUAUUCUUCAAGCCAAUUGCUUAAUGAUUGAAUCAAAUGAUGCGACUGGACAUCGAACGGUUCGAGAGUAUAAAGCGGAUCCAGUGCCUCCUACUAUUUCAGUUUUUGAUUCUUGCAAUGUGGCAUUUAUGGGUUCUUAUUGUACAGAAGGAGAAGGAAUUGGAAUUGUUAUUCGAACUGGAAAAUUCACGGUAAUGGGUGCCCUGGCAGAACAACACACCCACAUUCCUCCACCAUCUGGACGUCUUCAAACUGAACUUCAAAACUUCUCAACUUUCAUUACGAUUGUUGCACUUUCAAUGGCAUCUGGAGUGUUUUUCAUUGGAUGUUUUGUCGCGAGAUUCGAAAAUAUAUUGGAUCAUUUCAUUGUUGGAUUCGUUGUUAUUAUUGUUGCAAAUGUACCUCAAGGAUUACCGGCUACUGUAAUGUCACAAUUGAGAAUUAUUGCAAGGAGAAUGGCGCAGAAGAACAUUUUGAUUAAGAAGUUGGAACUGAUUGAUGAACUUGGAGCAGCUACAGUAAUCUGUGCAGACAAAUCAGGAACUCUAACAAUGAAUAAAAUGGUUGUAACAGAUCUCUGGUAUAAUUCUCGAUUGUUGACUGGUUCAGCAGUUGAUAUGAAACAUCCACAUCUUCGAGCAAUGAAAUCAUCAAUGAAAUGUCAAGAAAGAUUAGAAGAACCACUUCCAGAUAUUCUUACUGUUAUGUCUGUAUGUAAUAAUGGACAAUUUGAACAUGUUCGGAGAUCGAUGAGAAGAGUUUCCACGAUGAGGGCUAUGCAGAAAAGUGCUUCUGAAGCAAUGUUGAGUGCACAUAUGAAGAAGAAAUUCACCAUUGUUGAUACCCGAACUGGACAAGUGUCAGAAGCAGGCGGUUUGAACAAAGAAAGAACGAAUCAAGUAUCUCAAUCUGUCGCUGGAGAAUCAGGAAAGAAGAGUGUGAAAGCAAAGAAAAAUGACAUUUUCGGAGUUCCCAGCGACGUCGCAUUGAUUCAAUACGUGGAAUUGAGUGCAAGUGUUGAGGGAAUCAGACAGAGAUAUCAGACUGUUUUCGAGAUUCCAUUCAACUCGUCCCGUCGUUGUCAACUAGUUGUAGCACGAUGUCUAGCCAGUGAUUUCCCUGUUACGGCAGAAUCGGUGGAGAACCCGACUGAGGGUCAAUCAAGAUUCAUGAUUUUCACGAAAGGUGCUCCAGAAGUGAUUCUUGGAAAAUGCUCACAGGCCCGACAUGGAAAAGAGUUGAAGGUUAUUGAUGAGAAAUACAAAAGGGAGUGCCAGUCAGCUUGGGAGAUGUUGGGAAACGAAGGCCGUCGAGUCAUUGCAUUCGCUCAGAAAAGUUUCAAUGCUGAUGAGAAUACGAAAUUCAAUGGACAAGAGCAUGAUGGUGACCUGGUUUUUCUUGGGAUGGCUGCUAUAAUGGAUCCACCAAGACCUGAAACAGCUGCUGCAAUUGAACAAUGUAAAGUUGCUGGAGUGAAAGUUUUCAUGAUAACUGGAGAUCAUCCGACUACGGCUACAGCGAUAGCAAGGCAGAUUGGAUUGAUUGGGACUACUAAUUUGGUAGAUGCAGAAAAGCCACGAAACUCAUGGGCAGUGGUAACUGGAGAUCAAUUGAAGAACUAUAAGACACAAGAUUGGAAUUUCCUUCUCAAAAAUCACAAUAUCGUUUUCGCAAGGACUAACACUGAACAGAAACUGGAAAUUGUUCAAGAGGUUCAGAGAAGAGGAGAGACUGUAGCCGUGACGGGUGGAGGAGUGGAUGAUGCUCCUGCAUUGGCUCAUGCUAAUGUUGGAAUUGCUAUGGGACAGACUGGAAGUGACAUCGCCAAACAGACUGCUGAUAUCGUUUUAUUAGACGAUAACUUUGCCUCGAUUGUGAUGGGAAUCGAAGAAGGAAGACUUUUAUUUGACAAUUUGAGAUUAUCUCUGGCCUACACAUUUGCUCAUUUAUGGCCAGAAGUUUUCCCUAUAAUGAUGUCGUUUAUGCUCGGUCUCCCACAUGGACUGUCACCUCUGCAGAUUCUAUCAGUCGAUUUGGCAUCCGAAAUGCCACCUGCAAUAUCUCUUGCCUACGAACAACCUGAAAAUGAUAUAAUGCAUACUCCUCCAAGAUCUCGUACAGCCAGACUUCUAUCCAAAAGUCUUCUCGUCUAUGCCUAUAUUCUCGCGGGGUUCGGAAUCACCAUUGGCUGUAUCGCAGCAUAUCUCAGUGUCUAUUGUUACCACAACAUUCCAAUAGGCGAUAUCUUGUUCACUGCUGAACAUCACUGGAAAAUUGGUGCCAAAAACUUCACAACUUCGAAUGGAUUAACUUUCGAUGAACAACAACAAUUAUUCAUAAAAGGACAGGCGGCUGCUGCGUGGCAAAUCACUCUUGUCAUGUCACAAGUCUUCCAUUUAUACAAUUGUACGACUAGAAGAGUUUCAGUCUUCCGACAUGGCCUUACCAAUAUUGUCAGUGUAUUUGCAGUCAUCAUUGAGGUCCUUCUUCUGUUCAUGUUUGUUUACACUCCAGUCUUCCAAUACAUUAUGGAUAUUCAUACUCCACCUGCUCAUGUCUGGGCAAUUGCUCCAAUCGUCGGUCUCUAUCUGUUGGCUUUCAACGAGAUGCGUAAAUAUUUUAUUCGAAAUUUCCCGAAGAACAAACUUGUUCGAUUGAUCAAAUGGUAA